AUGGCGGUCAGUCGUAAUUUUCUCGGCUCCGCCAUAGUCACUUAUCUAUAUCUGUUCUGUUGUUUAAGUCGCUCUUUAAUUUAUCUAAAUACGCUCAUUUUCUGUCCAUCUUAUGCCCUUGAUGAUUCUGGAGUUACAAAGACCACUAAUGAAGUGGAUUUAUACCGUGCAAGUUGCUCGUCGUCGAUGCGUUUGUUCCGCCAUCUUGGAUUUUCAUCUUCAACAAGAUCGCAUCGCUACUUCACUGCUCGGAUAUCUCAUACUCCGAACUCCGUUUCCUCCUUUAACCUAACGCGUCUUCGCUUAACAACGAGUGGCGACAUCAGCCCGAACCCUGGUCCACUAAUUACGUCUUUUACAACAAAUCGUCGAGCAGUUAAACAUCGAAGCCAUCAUCAUAGCCACCGCUCCAACGUUGUGCAGGUAAACCGCGUAUCUGAUCUCCAUUUGAGUACAUCGAACACUCAGCUGACCAUGUGCACGUUAAAUGCUCGCUCUAUUUCAAACAAAUCUGCACUGUUUGUUGAUUAUGUCAGCGAAUGCAAAGCCGACCUAGUUGCAAUAACGGAAACUUGGUUAUCAGACAACGACUCCGCUGUGUGCUACGAGAUAACUCCUGCUGGCUAUAAACUGUUACACUGCCCUAGGGGUGAUCGUAGAGGUGGAGGUACGGCCCUCUUGUUCAGAGAUAACAUCAAUGUUUCCAAGCUCGAAACUGUUUCAAGGAUUUCCUUUGAAUCUUCUGAAUACCUUGUCUGCACUGGCUCCCUACGCUUUCGAUUGGCAAUCAUCUAUCGACCGCCGUACUCUGUUAAUCAUCCUGUGACUGUGAACAGUUUUAUUGACGAAUUUUCUGAGUACCUUGAAUCUGUUAUCCUAUCUAACGAUGUCCUGUGUUUAACUGGCGAUUUUAACAUCCAUGUUGAUGAUCACAAUGAUUCAGCUGCUUGUCGCUUUUUGGAUUUAUUGGAGUCAAUGUCUUUAACUCAACAUGUGACAGAACCAACGCAUGAACUUGGUCAUACACUAGAUCUGGUAAUUACUCGAAAGUCAGACAACCUUAUUAGCGGUCGACCAGCGCCUGACAUUCUAUUUUCGGAUCAUCUAGCGUUACUUUUCAAAUUGAAAACACCUCGACCACCUCUCAAAGUUGGGCGUGUCUCAUUUAGGAAGUUGCGAUCAAUUGAUAAGUCUGCUUUUGCGGAUGAAAUCUGUAACAGCGAGCUUCUUCAAACGGAUACUGAAGAUCCUGACGAGCUGGCCGCCUUAUUCAACAAUACAUUGCGUUCCCUGCUGGAUCGGCACGCUCCUGUUAAGCAAAAGAAUGUUACUAUUAGAUCUCGUGUUCCAUGGAUGAAUGAUGAAAUUAUAUUGGCUAAACGUCAACGGAGGAAAGCUGAAAGGAAAUGGAGGGCUUCUAAAGCACACAUCGAUUUACUAUCCUAUCGCGCAAUGAGAAAUCGAGUGACGUUUUUGAGUAAUGAGGCUCGUUGUGCAUACUAUACAAACUUCAUAACUGAGAACAGCACGGACCAGAGAAGGUUAUUUAGAGCAAGUAAGUCCCUGCUGAAUUUAUCAAAUGGUCCUGGCCUCCCACUGUCGACUAAUGAUUAUCAGUUGGCUAAUGAUUUUGGAAAAUUCUUUGCUCAAAAAAUUGCUGAUAUCAAGUCUGUUAUUGCAAACCAGAGCCGCCUUCCUGUCACCAUCGACGCUGCCAGUACUGUGACUGCUUCCUGUUUUUCAGAAUUUACUCUCCUGUCCGAAUCAGAGGUUUUUGAUUUAAUCAAAGCUUCAUCAAAGAAAUCUUGUCUUCUUGAUCCUAUUCCAACCAAACUUCUUACUGACUUCGCCGAUGUGCUACUACCUCCGAUCACGAAAAUAAUAAAUCUUUCGCUUGAUUCUGGUUAUUUUCCAUGCACCUGGAAAAGUGCUCUAGUACGGCCGCUGUUGAAGAAGGAUGGAUUACCUCUUGUUUUUAAGAACUACAGACCCUGUUUCAAUCCGCCUAUCGACAGAACCACAGCACAGAAACUGCACUCCUUAAGGUUAUGA